AUGUCCACCAAGCUUGACUCUCUGCUUUGGAUUUCAUCAAAAUUUGAGUUCACAAACAUCAAGUGCACUUCUUUGGAUACGAAUUUUGCCGAUUUCGAAUACUGCUUUUUGAAAUCGGUCAAUCGAACCUACAAAUAUAUGUCCCUGAAGGUGAAUUUAUUUAAAACUCCCAUUACCAAAAUCAAGGUUAAUGGAGCCCUGUUCAAGAGAUUCAGCGGCUACAGACCGUUCAUGUACAAUGUGACUAUAGAUGCCUGUAGAUUCCUGAAGGAUACAGCGUCCAACCCUGUCGCCGGAUACCUUUUUAAUUUUUUUAAGAAGGUCUCCAAUAUGAACCAUACAUGCCCCUACGAUCACGAUCUGCUAUUCGAAAGGCUUUCCAUUGACUUUGUUAAUCAACAGGUUACAAAAGUUUUACCUUUUCCAGAGGGGGACUAUCUUUUAGAAACCAAUUGGUUUGCCUACGAUAUCAAUCGAGCUGUGGUUAAAGUCUAUGGAACUAUUUCAUAAGUGAAAUCAUUGCUAUAAGUUUGGAAAUGAAGAUGUUAUUAAACUAAGCUCAUUGUUCAUUAGUGCUUUGUUUGCUAUCAAAACCAUUUAGGUUUGUUGCACAUAUUGUCUAGUUUUUUCUAGGGUAUCCAGCAUUUAAUAAA